AUGGCUGAUGAUAACACCAAAGUUGCUCUCGCUACCAUCGAAGCCUCUCGCCUCUCGACAUAUUUGAAGGACAAGUGCAUAGACAUCCUCAAGAAGUCAAAGGAUAAAGCAACAUACAUCAUCAAUGCCUACGGCGCAGCUGAUGCUCGUACUCCUGAUCGCCUUGACAAAUACCUCAAUAAGAUGAUCACGGAUGCAGUUGAAAGCUUUCCUAGGAAAAGUUUAGGGUCUGAGAUUGAGAAAGUCAUGGAAUCUAUGAAAAAGUCCAAGUUUGAUGGUCCUAUUGUAUCUCUACCACGUGAUCCUCUCAGUGCACUGAUAUCAUCUCGUAUGAGGUUUGAGUUUACCGACGAUAACACUCUAAAGUUGGUGAACAGAGAUAUUACAAACAAAUUACACACGUUCAUCAAAUCAAAUUAUCGCAACUCAAGAGGAGUUUACAUUCAAGGACCACAGGGAGUAGGUAAAUCACAUUCCAUUUAUCAAAUAGUUGUCAAACUCCGAGUUGAAGCACCAAACAAUCGUGUCAUAUACAUCCAAGACUGUGCAAAUUGGACAGCUGGUGAUCCCUAUCUUUUUUUCGUAGAGGCUCUGGAAACUGGAUUUGGUCUGGCAGGAGAUUCAUUUAUUAGAGACACUUACUAUUCAAUCAUAAAUGAAGAACAGUUAUACUUGUUUAUGGAUCAAUUAUCAGUUUAUUGCAAUGAUCAAGAUCUCUGUGUAUAUUUUAUCUUUGAUCAACACAACUCUCUCACCAACUCUCAAAGAACAAGUUGUCCCUUUUCAAUAGUAGAGAGUUAUCUUGUCAACAAUAUUCGUUGGUGUAAUAAUCUCGUAGUUGUAUCUGGUUCUGCAAAAAACAAUUACUAUCUCAAAGUUGCCAAGGACAAUGAAUGGCCUGUGUUUUACUUUUUUGAUGGUUUCUGUGACAAUGAAUUCAAGGAAUGGGUAGAAAUUCACAAACAAGAUCUCGGCAACCUCACAAGUAGUGAUAUACAGACCAUCAAAGAUCUCACCAAUUUUUUUCCAAUUGAACUCAAAUAUAUAUUAGACGAACAAAAGAAACAACAGAAUCAACAAUCACAAUCACAAUCACAAUCACAAUCACAAUCACAAUCACAAUCACAAUCACAAUCACAAUCACAAUCACAAUCACAAUCACAAUCACAAUCACAAUCACAAUCACAAGUACAAGAACAAACACAAGGCUCCACCUUCAAUAAUGUUCUCACAUCGUAUAAGUCGUGGCGAAAAUCACUGAUCACUCAACAAGACAAUUACUUUUCUAAAGAGUUCCUUACAACCGACAUUCUUCACAAAGAUUAUAGAAGAGCAAUUGUAUUUAUGCAACACAAUGUACCUGUAACAGACGAAUCAAUAUUUCUCAACCAACUACUAUUGUACAAAAGUCAGGAAGACCUCAUAUUGCCGCUUUUCCCAUUGGUCAGAGAUAUUCUAAUUAAGCGUUAUAUGACACCCACCCAUCUCGUUGUACAAGAGUUUUAUCAAUCUGUCUUUUCCAAGAAGAUAUCGUUGACCAAAGAUGCUGUUGGAAGAAUCCUAGAGAAAUAUCUUAUUGAUACAUUGUUGGAACACAACCUCUUACAAGUGCAGCCCUCACAGGUGACAGAAACAGAUGACAGAAAAGGUGUUACCUGCUAUAAAUUUACCCUUUGUUCACAAGUCGUCUUUGCAUGGGACAUAGUCCAAUAUAUCGUGGCUCAAAAUGAUUUAUCACAAAUCGAUUGGUCUAAGCCCUCACUUAUCAUUCUUCGUGCCUAUAACUACAAGGUGGCUGAUUGGUUCUUCUGGAAUCCUUCCUCAAAGACUCUGUCUGCUUUCCAGGUUACUAUUGGUUCAAAACACGCUAGCAAAUGGGCUGAAUCCGGUCUCAGAACCCAAUUCCAAAACUCUUGUCACUUUACUAAAGAUAUUUUUGUUUGGAUUGUGAAGAAUGAUUUUGACUAUAAACAGAAACACUUUAUUAAUCAAUACUUUAUUACCAUUCCAGAAUUAGCAAAUAACAGAAUAGCAUUAUUUCUACAUCUGGUUACGUGGUGGCAUCUUGACUUCCUCAUCGGUAAAUCUAUCGACGUACAUGUUGUAGGUGAGCUUAGAGAGUGUGUAGCUUUUGAUGGCACGUAG